AACAGCGCCUUCGUCGGUCGUUGGGAGGUGUGUUAUCCUCACUUGACAGUUUAGAGAGCAGAGAGAAGCUUUCGAGCAGAGAGAAGGUUUUUGAAGUACACAAAUGGCCUGUGCUUCUUCUUCAAUGAGUACAGUUGUCUUCAACCUCCCUCGAACUCGGCGGUACUCUCCGAUUCAGCCCACCCGAGUCUGGCCUUCCCGGUUCAGAUGCUCUGCUGGGCAGACCGGGUUCUUCACCAAACUCGGUCGUUUGAUCAAAGAGAAGGCCAAGAGCGACGUCGAUAAACUCUUCUCCGGAUUCUCCAAGACCCGCGACAACCUCGCGGUCAUCGACGAGCUCCUCCUCUACUGGAAUCUCUCCGACACGGACCGCGUCCUCGACGAAUUAGAAGAGGCUUUGCUGGUUGCUGAUUUUGGGCCAAAGAUUACUAUUAAGAUUGUGGAGAGCUUGCGGGAUGAUAUAUAUGCUGGGAACCUCAAAUCGGGAAGCGAGAUAAAGGAUGCCUUGAAGAAGUGUGUGUUGGAUUUGGUAACUAAGAAAGGCAAUAAAACAGAGCUUCAACUUGGAUUCAGGAAACCAGCUGUGAUAAUAAUUGUAGGUGUCAAUGGAGGUGGAAAAACGACAUCUCUUGGAAAGCUGGCACACAGAUUGAAGAAGGAAGGGGCUAAGGUAUUAAUGGCAGCAGGUGAUACAUUUAGAGCAGCUGCUAGUGAUCAACUGGAGAUUUGGGCUGAGAGGACGGGGUGUGAGAUUGUUGUCGCUGAAAAAGAGAAGGCCAAAGCAUCAUCAGUUCUUUCACAGGCUGUUAAAAGAGGGAAAGAAGGUGGCUUUGAUGUUGUUUUGUGCGACACAUCUGGACGUCUGCACACUAAUUACAGCCUGAUGGAAGAAUUAAUUGCAUGCAAGAAAGCUGUCAGUAAAGUUGUUCCUGGCACACCCAAUGAGAUCCUUUUAGUUCUGGAUGGAACAACUGGUUUGAAUAUGCUUCCACAAGCAAGGGAGUUCAAUGAGGUUGUUGGAAUAACUGGUUUGAUUUUGACAAAGCUUGAUGGCUCUGCUAGAGGUGGCUGUGUGGUUAGCGUGGUUGAUGAGCUUGGUAUCCCUGUAAAGUUUGUGGGUGUGGGUGAAGGUGUAGAAGACCUGCAACCCUUUGAUGCCGAAACGUUUGUUGAUGCUGUAUUUUCAUGAGGCUUCACAAGGUGGGCUUCUCGUCUUCUUCAUAAUUCUUGGAAGAUCUUGGUAGAAACCACUGCACAAUCAAUGGUGAAGGGCUAGUAAGUAAAAUCAUCUGGUGUUUACAUAUAGAGGCAAAGGGGUAUUCUGGAAGCCAGCAACUGGGAGGUCGGAUUGAAAGCACGUGUUUGUAAACUGGUGAGAUUGCCUCUGCAGAAUUCCAGCUGUGAUCGGGUCUGUAUGCAAUUUUUUUUCUUCAUGUUUGGCUGACAGAUAGUAAUUAAGGGAAAGGUAAAGAAUUGAUCUCAUUCCUGUUGAUCAGUGACCUUGUUAACUUGCCUUUUUGUAUGAAACAAAUAUGUCCAGUUGAAAAGCAAUAUCAAGUGAAAUGAUUUCAUGCAUUGCUUAUUA